GCUGGACCUCCUCAUUUAACUUUAAUUCACAAGAAAACGCUAAAGAUGCCUGAUGAUGUCUUAUGUGUUCGAUAUAGGCCUAAUCAGAAAUUGAUUGCCGUAGCAUUACUAGACGCGACUGUCAAAUUACCUGUAUUAUCAAUAGAUAUAUCUUCGGAUAAUAAAUUAUUAGUAACUGGUUCAGCUGACAAAAAUAUUAAGAUAUGGGCCUCGAUUUUGGAGAUUGUCAUAAAUCAGUGUUCAUUUUGUCCAGGGUACACAUUAUAUUUCACAGCGAACAAAGAUAAGUUUGUGAAAUAUUGGGAUGGUGAUAAG